AUGACCGCUAUUCAGAUAAAGGUAAAUAGUCAUGUUUUUUAUUAUAAUGACUGUCGUUAGAUUUGCUUGUAAAUAACAGUAUAAAUGCUUCUAAAUAAGUAGGAUACAUCUGUUUUUGUCAGAUUGCCAAUGGUAUGUCCAUGAUGUUAAUUUUUUUCAGUGAUAUUCAGUGUUCUGUCAUUACUGAUGUGGUUGCUUGUGUUAGUGCAUCAGCAUUGAAACAACAGACUUUCAGAGACAUUCUCUCAUACAUUCUUUCAUUUUAUGAUCACCUCGUUCCAACUCUCUCACAUAGCCCACAUAAUCCUCUCAGGACCUCACUGCUCUCUGGAGUGAUGUUGUUCCCAAACCUUUACUGUUUGUGUGAGGCGUGGCAGACUUAUUUGAUUGAAUAAUCAAUUACUGUGCAAGCUAAAGACAUGAUAAGAAAAACUCAGUAGACAAAUAUGUCAAUGAAAUAUAGGCAGAUAGGCUAUCAAGGAGCUGACGCAAAUCACACUAAUCCAAUAGCCUGUUUUUUGUUCCCUUAUAUGCCUACAGUCUUAAUUCACAUGAAUGAAUGCACCCAAUGUAUUCUACACAGCUGGGUCUGGUAUUCAAGCCCUAGUUUCUCCUUAAUCUACUGAUUCAAACUCUGCUGGAGAGCAACUUUACCAAGGUUACUGGGUUCAGGACUCCAGAUAGAUUUACUUACAGUGGAGUUUAAGGCACGUCCCUGUGGUCACAUAUUGCCCUCUGUCCAAGUCACACGUCUCUGCUGUACUCUGUACCUGCAUAAUUUUAAACUCCAAAUUCACUAAAUUCCCUUCCUGUAGGUCCCAGGAGGAGCACCCCGACAGAGGAAGGCCCGGCCUCUCUUCCUGGAGGUGUUGACCCGCAGCCUGAUCAUCCUCUGCACGGCCCUGGCCAUUGUCCUCUCCUCCAUAGCCGUAUGCGACGGCCACUGGUUGCUGGCGGACGGCGGGAGGAUGUUUGGUCUGUGGCACUUCUGCACCCUGGAGGCAGUGGUGGAACAAACAGCCUCACCUAACUGCACCACCCACCUAGGUGUAUCUGGGGUGGCGGUGGGCCUGGGCCUGUGUCGCUCUGUGGUCUCCCUAGCCGUGGUGGGAGCCAUCUUUGGCCUGGAGUUGCUGGUCAUAUCGCAGGUGAGUGAGGGCCGGGACUCGGGCCGGAGGUGGAGCCUGGGGUCAGCUCUAGUGCUGGUUGCGGCGGUGCUGUCGUCGGGGGGAGUGGUGGUGUUUGUGGCUCUGCUCUGGCAGCACGCCUCUCCCUUGGGCUUCACCCUCACCUUCUGGUGCCAGUUUACCGCAGUCUUCCUGCUCUUCCUCAACGGCACAGCAGCGCGCCACAUCCAUCACAUGGCCCUGCGGGCACCUCCUGGAGGCCGCCUGGGGAAAUGCUAG